AUGGUGCGAUGCGACCGCGGGCUGCAGAUGCUGCUGACCACGGCCGGAGCCUUCGCCGCCUUCUCGCUCAUGGCCAUCGCCAUCGGCACCGACUACUGGCUCUACUCCAGCGCGCACAUCUGCAACGGCACCAACCUGACCAUGGACGACGGGCCCGCGCCCCGCCGCGCCCGCGGCGACCUCACCCACUCGGGGCUGUGGCGGGUGUGCUGCAUCGAAGGGAUCUAUAAAGGCCACUGCUUCCGGAUCAAUCACUUCCCAGAGGACAAUGAUUAUGACCACGACAGCUCCGAGUAUCUCCUUCGCAUCGUGCGCGCCUCCAGCGUCUUCCCUAUCCUCAGUACCAUCCUGCUGCUCCUCGGCGGGCUCUGCAUCGGCGCUGGAAGGUUCUACAGCCACAAGAACAACAUCGUCCUCAGCGCAGGCAUCCUCUUUGUGGCCGCGGGCCUCAGCAACAUCAUAGGCAUCAUCGUCUACAUUUCCAGCAACACCGGCGACCCGAGCGACAAGCGCGACGAAGACAAAAAAAACCAUUACAACUACGGUUGGUCUUUUUACUUUGGAGCCCUGUCCUUCAUUGUGGCCGAGACCGUGGGAGUCCUGGCUGUGAACAUUUACAUUGAGAAAAAUAAGGAGUUGAGGUUUAAGACCAGACGGGAGUUCCUCAAGGCUCCCUCCUCGUCGCCGUACGCCCGGAUGCCGAGCUACAGGUACCGGCGACGGCGCUCGAGGUCCAGCUCCAGGUCCACCGAGGCCUCUCCCUCCAGGGCGGCGUCCCCGGUGGGCCUGAAGAUCACCGGGGCCAUCCCCAUGGGCGAGCUGUCCAUGUACACGCUGUCCAGGGAGCCCCUGAAGGUGACCACGGCCGCCAGCUACAGCCCCGACCAGGAGGCCAGCUUCCUGCAGGUGCACGACUUCUUCCAGCAGGACCUGAAGGAAGGCUUGCACGUCAGCAUGCUGAACCGGCGGACGACCCCUGUGUGAGCUGCCCCUUCCUCUCAGCGCCGGCCUGUCCCCAGAACCGCCGUGUGGAUCCCACACGAGGGCACCUGCCCCUUAAGACGGACCAACGAUGGACGGAAGCCAAACCCACCCCUCCCUGGUCUCCAGCAGGUGUCGCGGGCUGGUUUGGCGCCAAGCCACCCGGGAGAUGGGAAGUGGAGGCGGAAGGCUCACUUUGUCCCCGGAGAGCGUGUUUGAUGCCCCGGGAUUCUGAAAUCUCCUGAGGCUGCACGGCCUGGAGCGACCCCCGGGGAAGACAAAAUUGAGCCAUUAUCUCCUCUCGGAAACAAAUUUUGCCAGAAGAAUGGGCUUUUGGGGUCCCCCCCCCUGCACCGCCCUGCCUGCCUGGGUGCUGGGCCACUGGGAGGGCCUCACCGGACACACGGGGACCUUUGGACAUUGGUCUGCUGCUUUCUGAUCUGAGGUUUCCGAGUCCGUGAGCGGAAAACAAGGAAGCCAGAGCUUGCCCCCUUCCUGUCUAUCGAGUGCCCUUUCUCUCUCUCUCUCUCUCUCUCUCGCUCUCUCUCUCUCUCUG